AUGCAUUACUAUUGGUACCUCACCAAUGAUGGCAUCAAGUUCCUUAGGAGUUACCUCAAUCUUCCAUCUGAGAUCGUGCCUACCACUUUGAAGAAAUCCACCAAGCCACUAAGUUGCCCUUUUGGCGGUCCUCCAGGCGAUCGUCCCUGUGGUCCAAGGUUUGAAGGGGAUAGACCAAGGUUUGGCGACAAGGAUGGGUAUCGUGGGGGUCCUCGAGGGCCUACAGGUGAGUUGGGGGGGGUGAAAAGGGUGGAGCGCCAGCUGACUACCAGCUCACUUUCAGGGUACGUUCUCUUCCCUGAGAUACUGUUAGAGAGUUAUCUCAAUCUUCCAUCUGAGAUCGUGCCGACCACUCUGAAGAAGUCCACCAAGCCACUAAGUUGCCCUUUUGGCGGUCCUCCAGGCGAUCGUCUCUGUGGUCCAAGGUUUGAAGGGGAUAGACCAAGGUUUGGCGACAAGGAUGGGUAUCGUGGGGGUCCUCGAGGGCCUACAGGUGAGUUGGGGGGGGUGAAAAGGGUGGAGCGCCAGCUGACUACCAGCUCACUUUCAGGGUACGUUCUCUUCCCUGAGAUACUGUUAGAGUAUGUGUGGCUCAUAUUUACUGUGUGCACAAUGUUUCGCAGCUCCUAUAACAAGACGAGAGUGUUGUCUUCGUUUCUUCCUCUCUUCCACAAACCCACAGCAGCCAUGAUUAUCACAGAGAAGAAUCGGAGAGAGAUCUCCAAAUACCUCUUCCAAGAGGGAGUGUGCUUUGCAAAGAAGGACUACAACCUAGCGAAGCAUCCAGAGAUCGAUGUACCAAAUCUCCAGGUGAUCAAAUUGAUGCAGAGCUUCAAAUCGAAGGAGUACGUGCGUGAGACCUUCGCUUGGAUGCAUUACUAUUGGUACCUCACCAAUGAUGGCAUCGAGUUCCUCAGGAGUUAUCUCAAUCUUCCAUCUGAGAUCGUGCCGACCACUCUGAAGAAGUCCACCAAGCCACUAAGUUGCCCUUUUGGCGGUCCUCCAGGCGAUCGUCUCUGUGGUCCAAGGUUUGAAGGGGAUAGACCAAGGUUUGGCGACAAGGAUGGGUAUCGUGGGGGUCCUCGAGGGCCUACAGGUGAGUUGGGGGGGGUGAAAAGGGUGGAGCGCCAGCUGACUACCAGCUCACUUUCAGGAGACUCUUUCAAAAUGCAAGUAAGGAGGAUGAGUAAGGAGGAUGGAUGUUUUGGGAAUGCAAUCGAGAGUUUAGUCGACGAGUUUGGUUGA